GAGCAACGGUGGGCACAAUUCCCUCCAAAGCUUUGCGCGGCCGCCGCGACCUACGACCGCCACCAACCCUCCUCGUUUCUCUCCCCCUCACUGCGAAGCUAGGGUUUGGGGGGCCUCACUGCGCUCGGGUCGUCCUGCGCCGGGCCGUCCUCUGCCCGUCGCCCUCCUCUGGCCUUGACUGCGCGUCGCUCUCCUCCGGCCGGCCGUCCUCUGCUGCGCCCUCAUCCGCCGCUCGGCAUCCUCCGCCACCCCCUCGUCCGGCCGUCGCCCUCCUCCGCCCGUCGAUCUCCGUCUAUCCCGCCAGGUCGCUGUUCAGCUCCUGCCUCACAUCCAGCCUUCUUCCUCUCUUCCGGUUAGUGCAAAGGGUACUAGGGGAUUGAUUGGACUGCCGGUUCUACUACUUGGCUGUUGAUUCCUACAUAGUUAUAGAGCUAGUGGUGCUCUUUACGGCUUCGGCUGUUCCGCGAUGGCAGAUGGAGAUUCGUCUGACUUCACCUUCUGCAAGGUUGAUUUUGCAGGAGGUGAUGGUCCAUUGGAGUCCCCUAAAGCUAUCCCCAUGGCAAGUACACCUAGUGGUGAUGGUUCAGAUAACUUAAAGACUAAGACCCAGGACAACAUGCAGACAAACAUUUCAAUCAAAGAUGAUAGAUCUAAUUCUGUAACUAGUAGCAUCAAUCGUGUAUCACUUGAAGACUCUAAUGGAGAAGAAUCAGUUAUUGGUGGAGAGAAUGCACAGUCCAAUUUAUCAUCUCAACCGAAACCUUCAAAGAAACCAUCCGUGCGUGCAAAAGUUCCUUUUGAGAAGGGAUAUAGCCAAAUGGAUUGGCUAAAGCUGACCCGUACCCAUCCUGAUCUUGCAGGGCUUAAGGGACAAUCAAACCGAAGGUUAAUUUCUCUGGAAGAAGUUAAACAGCAUAAAACAGGAGAUAGUAUCUGGACUGUUUUGAAAGGUCGUGUGUACAACAUUGCUCCAUACAUGAAAUUUCAUCCAGGAGGAGUUGAUAUGCUUAUGAAGGCUGCUGGAAAAGACUCCACUGCAUUGUUCAACAAAUACCAUGCAUGGGUAAAUUUCGAGUUCCUCCUGGAGAAGUGCCUUGUUGGAUUCCUCGAUCCCAAUGAGUAAAUAUGCCAGAGCCUGAGGCCAGCACUCCAUUUCGAUCCCUGAUGCGUAUGCAUUGCAAACGGAUAACUUGGUGGAUGUAAACAAGUGUUUGUUGCAUUACUAUGGAGACAGAUGCUGCUUAACAUUUUAGAAGAAAGAAGAGUUAGAAACAUGAUCACCAUUCUUGUGUACAAAUUUCUUCACCAUUGAUUGCUGGAGAAAACAAAGAACAUUUCCAUCCAUACGAAGCAAGUGAUAAUAAUGCUAGUA